AUGGAGGUUGUUGACGCAGUAGGUACUUCAGGUGGGCUCGUGUCUCUUUGGAAUCCAGCCUAUUUAGACAAGGUUAGUGUGGUUAAACAUCGUCACUUCUUGAUUGUUACUGGUGUAAUUAAAGCGUCGGGGGAACUAAUUAACAUAGCAAACGUUCAUGCACCAAAUGAUCCGGGGGCACGUAGGGGUCUGUGGGAGGAAUUGCGGGGGUGGAUAAGUUUGUUGCAAGGGUUGUGGUUAUGUAUGGGUGAUUUUAAUGACGUUAGAACACCUGCUGAGAGAAAGAAUUCUGAGUUUGUAGCUGCGAAUGCGGACUAUUUCAAUCAGUUUAUCGAGUCUGCGGUACUAUUUGAGUAUAAUAUGGGGGGCAGACAGUUUACUUAUAGGUCGGACAAUGGUCAAAAGAUGAGUAAAUUGGAUCGUUUUUUGGUAUCUUUGGAGUUUAGGGAUAUGUGGCCAGACGCUUCAGUUGUAGCUUUGAAUAACGUCGCAUCGGAUCAUUGUCCGGUUGUUCUCUCUACUAUUCCAUGUAAUUUUGGCCCCAUUCCAACACGCAUAUUCAACUCUUGGUUGGAGUUACCAGUGGAUCAAGAAAAAGGCAAAGGAUUGGGUGGCAAAAUUAAAGGAGCAACAGAGGGGCCAGUAUGUAGACAAGGUGAAGUAUCUUUGGAGUUUAGGGAUAUGUGGCCAGACGCUUCAGUUGUAGCUUUGAAUAACGUCGCAUCGGAUCAUUGUCCGGUUGUUCUCUCUACUAUUCCAUGUAAUUUUGGCCCCAUUCCAACACGCAUAUUCAACUCUUGGUUGGAGUUACCAGGUUUCACGGAGUUUAUUCAUCAGCAGUGUGAUUUGUUCCGGUUUACAGGCCCCGCUGACCUGGGCUUGGGUGUAAAACUGAAGUGGAUCAAGAAAAAGGCAAAGGAUUGGGUGGCAAAAUUAAAGGAGCAACAGAGGGGCCAGUAUGUAGACAAGGUGAAUAAAUUGGAAGCAUUGGAUUUAGUGGCGGAAACGAGAGAUUUAACGGAGGAGGAAAUUGAAACAAGAGCUUUAUGUAAAAACUUCGUAGUAGAGGCUGACCGGAUUAAAAACAUGGAUCUAAAACAGAAGUCUAGAGUUAGGUGGGCGGUCGAAGGAGAUGAGAAUUCGGCUUAUUUUCAUGGAAUUAUUAAUGCUAAUAUCUCCAAUAAUCGGAUUAGUGGGCUGCGUAUACAAGGGGAAUGGGUUAACAAUCCGUUUUUGAUUAAAGAUUAUGUGGCAGCCUUUUUUGGUGAACGUUUUUCUGAACCGAUGUUGGAUAGGCCUCAGCUCUUGUGCCCAAACUUGGUACGAUUAUCGGAUUUGGAAGCUAGGAGCUUGGUGGUCCCGUUCUCGGAAGAGGAAAUUAAAAGUGCGGUUUGGGAUUGUCACGGGGAUAGGGCGCCGGGACCGGAUGGAGUCAACUUCGCUUUCAUAAAAAGAUGCUGGGAUGGGUUCCAAAAGGAGUUUGUUAAUCUUUUCAAUGAAUUCUACAUGCAUGCGACAAUUAAUAGUGGGUGCACUUCCUCAUUCCUUGCCUUGAUUCCUAAGUGUAAUGAUCCUUGUGGGUUGGCGGAUUUUAGACCUAUCAGCCUUAUUGGUUGCAUCAAUAAGGUCAUUUCGAAGGUUUUGGUCAUGCGUCUAAAGUCAGUCAUACACAAGCUUAUUUCUGAAGAACAGACGGCUUUUCUAUCAAACCGGAGCAUUUUGGAUGGUCCAAUUAUUCUUAAUGAGGUAGUAUCUUGGUUGAAAAAGACGAAAAGGAAAGGUAUGAUUCUUAAGGUAGACAUCGAGAAAGCUUAUGACUCGCUAAAUUGGGAUUUCCUGAGAUCGGUUAUGUGUCAGAUGGGUUUUCCGAUUAAAUGGGUGGAUUGGGUUAUGGCGACUGUCACUACCGCCAAAGCAUCGGUUUUAGUUAAUGGUUCCCCAACCCAGGAGUUUGUGUGCCAUAGGGGGCUUAGACAAGGGGACCCGCUAUCCCCGUUUUUGUUCGUAAUGGCAAUGGAGGCACUUACUGGGGUUGUAAAAAAGGCGGUCUCCUCGGGCUUCCUACAUGGUAUUCAGUGUACGCCCCAGGGCCCGAUAUUAUCACACUUUUUAUACGCGGAUGAUGCAAUUUUUUUGGGCGAAUGGUCGGAGACAAAUGUACGGAAUAUUUCUAGAAUUAUGAGGUGUUUCUAUUUGGCUUCAGGUUUGAAGGUAAAUUUGAGUAAAAGUAGUCUGUUUGGGGUUGGGAUCGAUACAGAGGAGGUGAUGCUUAUGGCAAAUAUACUAAGAUGCAGAACGGGUUCCUUCCCGUUUAAAUAUUUGGGUUUACAAGUUGGAGCAAAUAUGAAUUUGGUUAGGAAUUGGAGGCCGGUUAUUGAUACAUUCAAAAGUAGGUUGUCGAUCUGGAAGGCUAACACACUCUCGUAUGGUGGUCGGAUAACGCUUGUGAAAUCGGUACUAAAUGCUUUGCCGACCUAUUAUUUCUCCUUAUUUAGAGCACCGGUUCAGGUUGUAAAAAAAUUGGAGCGGUUAAGAAGAGACUUUUUGUGGGGGAGUACACCGGAGCAUCAACGGGCAUCGUGGGUAGCUUGGAACGAUAUCAUGGCUCCUAAAGAAUUGGGUGGGGCGGGUCUUGGAUCUUUGAAAGAAGCAAACUAUGCAUUAUUGGCGAAAUGGUGGUGGCGGUUCAAGGUGGAGAACAACAGUAUUUGGAAAAAGGUCGUAUGGAGCAUUCAUCAACAUAAUAGGUCUUGGUCUCCGGUGCCGGUCAAGAUGUCGAUGCCCGGUCCGUGGAAGCAGAUAGCUGGAAUAGCAAAGGAAUUAUUGGUUUUAGGUGUGGACUUGGGAUCCUGUUUUCGAGCAGUUGUGGGGAAUGGGUUGGGUACGACAUUUUGGAUGGAUUGCUGGAUCGUUGAUGCCCCGCUUUGUGUUUUGUUCCCGUCCUUAUUUCAGCUUGAAAGUAAUAGGAGUGCACUCGUGGCAGAUCGGAUCAAGGUUCAAAAUAACGUGAGAUUUGCGGCUUUUAGUUGGGUCCGGGUUCCGUCUCUACAGCAGGAAAUAAAGGAGUUGUAUGAGUUAUCAAAAUUGUUAGAAAACAUUAGUAUCACAGGUGAAAAUGACACAUGGAGGUGGGCUGUGGAGGAUUCUAGUUCUUUUUCGGUCCGUGGGCUCAGGAAGUUGUUACGGCCCAACCCGAUUGAAGAUUCUAACAUGGUGCAUAGCUGGAAUAAAUGGUGCCCGAUUAAGGUUAAUUUUUUGACAUGGAGACUGUUUUUGAACCGACUCCCGACUAAGGAGGCGCUAUUGAGAAGGAACUUCCAGAUUACGAGUUCGGAGUGCAUUUUUUGUAAAGAAGUUGUGGAGUCUGCUGAUCACUUGUUUGCGGCAUGUAGGUUUACACAAGAAAUCUGGGAAGAAUUAUUCAGGUGGUGUAGAAUUACUACUCCCUUUUUCUUUAGUGCGAAGGACGUGCUUGGUCUUCACAUUCACUGCCGCGGCUCUAGGAGAUGGCAAAAGAUCGUGUACUCGGUUGUCCAAACGGCAAUAUGGUGCAUUUGGCGGAUGCGUAACGAGGCGGUUUUCAAUAAUAAAAGGGCGGUUGCAAAGAAUGUCGUGGAAGAGACUAAAGUUCUAAGCUUUCUAUGGCUGAAGCAUCGGGCAAAGGCGAUAAAACUCACUUGGGAGGAUUGGUGUAGAUUUGAUUUAAUUUGUAUGAAGGUGUAA